GAGGGACCUUUAUGUCGAUGGGAGGGACGCUCGGAGGAAAUCUGACUAGCUAGCUACAGUGGCGACGUAUCGAGAGAGGCUGGCUACCGAUACUAAUCAAAAAGGCCGUGCAGCCCUUGAACCAUCCAUCGGCUUUAUGAGCAAAGACUAUAAAUCACCGGGCUGCCGUUAACCUUCGAAAGAAACGCAGUCACCGUCAGCGGUUUUUGACUUCUCGUUGACAACGUCAUGGCUGAUUGUAACGUUAGCAUCGACCAGAAAAGACUACCGGGAGUGAAAGAGGUGUGUAAAGACUUUGCUGUGCUUGAAGACCACUGUCUGGCCUACAACCUCCAGGAACAAGAGAUUGAGAGCCACUUGGCUUCUAACGUCCAUAAGAACCGCCUGGUGCAGAAGGACCUGCAGGUGGCCAAGAGGCUGCAGGAGGAGGAGGACGAGAGGGCCAAGGUCCAGAGCCAGAAACAACAUGAUUACAUCGAGCGACAAGAUAAUGAGAUCGCACAGGAGAUUCAGGAAGAACUGGUCCGACAAGCGGAGCGGCAGCGGCUGAUGGAGGAGGAGGACGCAGCCAUCGCUCGUAAGCUGCAGGAGAAGGAGAAGAUCAGGGACGAGAGGAGGAGACAGAAACAGCUGGAAGCUACCUCUAAAGAUGAUUACUACGAGGAUCACGGAGCUCCACGACCCCUGGAUGUGGACAAAUUCACCUGUCAGAAAACCCGGUCUCUUGAUGCGUACUCUCCAGGGCGCUCGCAUCACGAUCACUCUCCAGAUUAUUACUCAGCUGAGCCAAAAUGGAGCUGGUACCCCAAACAGGACUCUGCUGCACCCCGUGGUCCCUCCAGGUACCCGGAGCACCACUCUGUAGGAGAACGAGGGCGUAGCAGGCACGCAGACCCGUAUCCCGAGCACCUGCACCCCAGAGGAAAGCAUGAGGACAGGUGCCCAGAGUUUGAACCUUCACACACGGCAAGAGUCAGAGAUGAAGAUAGAGAGGUGAGGAAGAAAGAGAGACCAGGUAGACCCCCUCCACCAAAGACUGCUGUAGAGAGGGACAGACAUGACAGGGAGAGAGACCAUAACUUGGACAAACAUGUGGACAGAGACUACAGGAGAGACAAGGAGUUGGACUUGUGGCCGGCCAGAGAGAGGGAAAAAUCCCGAGAUCGAUUCCCCAGUGGGGACAGACUUGGAGAGAGAGACGGAGUGAGACAAAAAGACAGAGAGAGACGACAAGCCCGGAGCAGGGACAGAGGAUUUGAAGAGGAACCUGGACGCAGACGGGAGCAGCUGAGAGAGAGCCGGGACUCCUGGGAGGACGAAGAGGUCGGUGGUAAGAGGAGGGCCAGGAGCCAGCAGCGCGUCCAUUCCAACCCCGUGGACGCGUUUGACGGGUUCAUGAAUGAUAGAGGAGGAGGAGACAGCAGGGAGCUGUGGGAGUCCCUGCAGGGGGACGCACUCGGAAGGGAGCACACGGAGACAGGUCAUCUUGUGCACAGAGGGAGUGGAUCUGUCAUAGCAGAAACGGCGUACGGGCUGAACGAGGCCACUAGAGAGCUGAUCAAGCUGGAUCUCCGAGAGCAGGAGCUGAAGGACAUGGAGGUGGCAAGAAAACUUCAGCAGGAGGAGCUGAAGGCGAUCAACUUGCAGGCCCGUGCAGCCCAGAUGGCGAAGGACGAGGAACUGGCCCGACGCAUGAUGGAACGUGACAAGAAAGAGUACCGAAAGAAUCGAGAGCGGGAGAAGGAGAAGGAGAAGGAACGAGAGAGGAUGGCCAUGGAGAGGAUGGCGGUGAAUAGGAGACGGCCAGAAGGGAACUAUAGGCCAAACUCUGAGGAAGUUGUGCGUCCCCGAACUCGAGAUGAGUACGAAUAUCACAGGCAGCGAAACGGCAACAAUUCUGCCAGGUCUCCUCAGCCUCAUCAUGACUAUGAGAAUGUAAACCCCAGCUAUGGCUACCCAGAACAUCUUGGUGUCUCUCACCCCUCCACCAGACACGAAGUCCCCUACAAAGGUGCCUACCACAAGCGGUGACUUGGGCUCCAAACCAAGUGCAGACACGCUGUCAGUCCUCCUCUUUUUUUUUUUUUUUUUUUUUUUCCUUUUUAUAUUAAUUUAUUUUCUAGCUUGCAGCUGAUCUCUUUGUGUUGACCAAAACCUUUGGGACAAUCUAAUGCUCUAGAAAUGGAUUGAUUUUUUUGUGAACUCUCAAGUUGACCCAGAGUUGAGGAAGUGGAUCCACGAGUGCUGGAGCAACACUCCUAUUUGGUUUUUUUUUUUUUUUUUUUUUUUUUUUGCUGUAAAUUGUGAAUAUUUAUUUUAUCUUUAAUUCGACCUGACGUUAGCACUAGCCAAAGGACCAGUCUCUCAUGAGCCCAUCCAUGGACUGGUCCCUGAAACCUUCUGUGGUGAUCGUGUGCUGAUAUUUGUGCCGUCUGCAGAUCGUGCCAUCGCCAAGGGCAACGAGUAUGCCCUCUCUAUGUGCCACGCCUGUGACUCUGAAGGGAUUUGCUUCUUCUGCUGUAGUCCGCUAUAGCCACAGAAACCAGAAUAUAAGUAAUAAAAUCCUGCCUUUUGUUUUGGUGCUGGCAGCUCUAGCUUAGACACUGAUGGACAUUAACGGGCUUUAGGCUCCUUUUUCUGCUUAUUGGGAGGGGCUUGUCUUGGUAGCCUCAUUAUCCUGAUACUAAGCGGUAUGGCUGUAUACGAACGAAGCACUGUUUGUUUGUUUGUUUGUUUGUGCAUGCUUACUGAGUGUACAACAGUGUACAUGCAUUUCAGAUCUACUGAAUAAUCCAACUCCUGCUUCAUGUUCAGAAAGGGCUAAAGCCACAAACAGCCAGUAACCGUCUGUAAAUGAACAGAAUACUUAAUAAUUCAGAUUCUAUCGCUGUAAAAAGUCUGAUUUUUCUCUUAACUGUAUCAUAUCUUCAUAUUUACAGUCUGAAACUGAAAUGCAUGUACGUUUCUUUGAACUGAGUCAGAUGUGCUGAAGGCCACACGUUUUAAUAUUUUCCUUUUUUAUGCUAACAUGCUAUCAGCUAUCAUAGUGGAAAAUACUGAUUAUCUCCACUCCUGAAGUCACGUGCUGCUCUAGUUUUCUCUGUGCACAAAGGGACGUUUGUGUUUAUUUCCAGACUCUUAUUUCGCCUUUGCUUUCAUUGUCCCGAGAGUCUCAUUCCCCAAGCGCUCCCGCUGUCACUUCCGGGUUUUUGUCUCGAACUCAGAAGGAAGGCGUCACUUCCUGUCUGCAGAGAAGACAAACUUUACUCGGCGCAGCACAAGUGGAUCUGGAUGAAGUCAAAAUUCUCAUUUUUGCCAAAAGGGACCUAUUUUUAUUUUUAUGGCUCCAAAGUUUUAGCUUUUUAAUUAGUAGGUUGAAGGAAACCCGAAAAGCACAUGUAAAUAUUUGAGUUUAGAACAAGUAACGGCAUUUAGUUUUUGAACACUCGGUUGUGAUUGAGUUUUUAUGAUUAAGAAAUGUUGCUGAAAAUGAAAAGUUCCCUUUCUGUAAGGAGAAAUGUGACAGGUGUAUUUUUUUUAUCGCAGAUCUGAAGUGUUUGUACGACGUGCAGAUUUAAAUCAUAACGUAAUAAUUGUUGACUGAGACGUGUGCCAUAUGUUGUUUAUCAGGGACCUGAAGAUGAGAAAAGUGUAGUCAUGGCUGUAGCAGCCUGUAGUGUUCUUUGAGGAGAGCGCUGCCUGGUGGACGAAGUGAUUAUUUCAUAUAAGUGUCCAAACUGAGGGUCUGUAUGGAUGUUUGAUUUUGUUGGAUGUUGUGCAUCAGGGAGGGUUUGAGUGUUGUCUACAUCAAGUACCAAGUUUUUUAUUCUGUAAUCUAGGGCUCGUAUGCAAUGAAUCAGAUUUGCUGUAUCAGAAAAUGAAAUGAGUUUUUCAUUUGGAGCUCCUGAAAAUCUAUUAAAGUGCAUCAGCAUUUC